CAUGCCCUUGCAUAUUCAGAUUUUCCGCUGAUGCUCUUAUUUUGACUCCUGACCCUCAAGUGUGGUUGUGCCAGACACGUUUGAAGAGAAGAAGUGAGAUGAUGUUCUGGGCUUAUCUAGGAGUGGUUGUCCUCUUUAAAAUAUGUAAUGUGCAUAACCAGGACAUCAUAGCUCAACCAAUACCUCUUCUGUUUGUUUUUAUUGGAGACAAUGUGACUCUACAAUGCUUCUAUCCUAACAAUAUAAAAUAUCUGUCAUGGUAUAAGCAAACUACCGGCCAGGAACCCCAACUGAUAUCACACCAAUACACAUAUGGUAGUAACAUCCUUUAUGGUGAAUUUGAGAACAAUCCUCGAUUUUCAGUACAGCUUGAUAAAGGGAUAUAUCACCUUCAAAUCAACGACACUCAGCCAUCUGAUUCAGCUAUGUAUUUGUGUGGAAGAUCAAAACUAAGUGAGGUGACUUUUGAAGAUACAGGAACUUUACUUGUUUUCAGAGACUUUAAAAGCAUGAGUAUUGUCCAGCAGCCAGUGUCUGAGUCCAUCCAGCCAGGAGGCUCUGUAACUCUGAACUGCACAAUACACACUGAGACCUGUCCUGGAGAACACAGUGUCUAUUGGUUCAGACAUGGCUCAGGAGAAUCCCGUCCAGGAAUCCUUUACACCCAUGGAGGCAGGAGUGAUCAGUGUGAGAAGAGCCCUGAGGCUGGGUCUCCUACACAGAGCUGUGUCUACAACCUCCCCAAGAGGAACCUCAGCCUCUCUGAUGCUGGAACUUACUACUGUGCUGUGGCCUCAUGUGGGGAGAUACUGUUUGGAAAGGGAACCGAGCUGGAUAUCUGUGAUCCAUGUAACAGCAAUCAUCUGCUGGUGUAUUUCCUGGGUGGUGGAUUAGCGGUUUCAUUCAUGCUGAUUUUUGUCCUGUCCUGGAUUAUCUACAAGAUGAAAACAUGUCUGAAAUGUACAGUGAAUAACCCCAUGCCAAGUGUCCCGCCGGCCCAAAGAUUUGAUAGCCAGGAUGACGAGGCUGAUAAACUGCAGUACGCUGCUCUUGAUUUCAACAAGAGAGGGAAGGCAGGAAGACAGAGAAGCUCCAUGGACAAAGACACUGUCUACUCUGGACUGAGACAGUAACACAAGGACUGACACUUGAAUUUUGGCCAUCUUGUGUUGCUUUUGCUAUGUCAUACUGGAGGUAAAAACACAUAACUAAAAUAAGUUAUAUAUGGCUUUAUUGGAAUUUGGCUUAUAUAUUCCUUAUAAACCUUAUAUUUUGUGAAUGAAAUAAAUGUAACUUCAAUUA